AUGUCAGAUGUUACUACGGACGGGUCCAAUGCCUCCAACGACACCAUCCCCCAAAGCGCACCCGCCGGCUCGCUAACAGUGACCCAACCCCCGCAAACCUCCGUCGCCUUCUUCAAGAUCGCCUCAAACGCGCCCAUAACCUUCGCCUGGUCCUUCACCGACGUCCUCUCCACCCCCGCAUCGCUCACCGUCUCGGCCGUAUGCGACAACGGCAUGACCUUCCCCGUGGGACCCAUGACGGACGGCGCGAUCCCGGGCACGGCGACGAGCGUGGUGUGGGACGCGUAUAGCUUCGAACAGGCGCAUCCGCAGAGCCCAUUGCCGCAGAGCACGUAUAGGCUGCAGAUCUCUGAUGAGAGGGGGAUGGGGCAGGGGAUUAAGCCUGGGUUGUUGACGCCGUACAAUGCGCUGAGGUUUGCGCUUUAUUCGCCGCAGCCUGCGACGGCGCUGUCUACCGCAACGGCUGGAGGAGACUCUGCACCGGCGCCUUCUAUGGCUGAUCAGCUGCAUACGAGCCCUGCGUUCGUCAGUGUGCUCGCGACGAUUAUGAUCAUGAUGCUCUCGGGUUUCGCUCUCAUACGCAACGGUCUGCACUAG